CAACAGUUGACUUAAAAUACUGUAAAGUAUAUUGUCUUAUUUUAUUUUAGUAGACAGUCGACGGACAACUUGUGUACAUCGGUGAAUGAAACACGAUUGAGUGAAAACGAUUUUUUAAUUUUUUCCGCUUAUGAUUCAAGUUAAAAAUAUAAAUUCCAGAUUUCUUGAUACUGUUUGCUCGUGAAAAUAACAAACUGGCAAACAUGAAUAUUUAUAUAUUUAAAUUAUUUCAAUCCUUGGUCAUUGAUUCAUUGCUUCAACACAUCUUCUCUCUACACAAUCUAUAUACAUAAGAUACAUACUUAGAUCGUUAAACGUCAUAUAUGUGUUGCUAUUUCAUUUUACGACGCAAACAUAACCUGUGUUAUGUAAAUAAAAAAGUCGCAGUCGUGUAUUGCUAUCGUCAGUAAAAUGUUUACGAAAAAAAAUCCGUCGAAAGAGUUUCACGGAUGCUUGAUAGUGUAGCAUGAAUGAAAAAUAUAUUUGAUAAGAAGUAGAAAUCAUCGUUUGUGUAAUAUAACAAAAAACUUCUCAAAAUGCCACCAAUAAGUGGAUUAAGUGAUUACAGAAAAAUUAAGUCACUUCUUGGGGUAACUGGUAGUGCAACUGCACUAUUUGUUGGUAUCUCAUUAUACCAAGGAAAUGAAAAAUUUUAUGAUCAAUUUGCAAUGCCUUUUAUGAGAUUAGUUGAUCCUGAAAUUGCUCAUAGGCUUGCCAUAAAUACUGCUAAAUUCGGUCUUUCGCCAACACAAAAUAAUGCAGACCCCCCUAUUUUACGCACAAGUUUGUGGGGCUUGAAUUUUAACAACCCUCUAGGAAUGGCUGCUGGUUUCGAUAAACAUGCUGAGGCUGUUGAAGGUUUACAUAAGAUGGGAUUUGGUUUUGUGGAAAUCGGAUCAGUAACUCCUAAACCUCAAGAUGGUAAUCCAAAACCUCGUGUCUUUCGUCUUUCUGAAGAUAAAGCUAUUAUUAAUCGAUAUGGUUUUAACAGUGAAGGUCAUGAUGUAGUGCAUGAUCGUUUGGCUGCUCUUAAAGCAUCUCCAACAUUCAAUGGCAUAAUUGGUGUUAAUCUUGGCAAAAAUAAAGAUUCCACUAAUGCAACACAAGACUAUGUUGAUGGUAUAAUCAAAUUCUCUGACCUGGCAGAUUAUUUUGUUGUCAAUGUGUCUAGUCCUAACACACCAGGUUUACGUAAUCUUCAGGGUAAAAAAGAGUUGGAAGAAUUAUUAAGUCACGUAAACGAAGCACGCUCAAAAACGGAAAAAAAACCACCCUUACUUUUAAAAGUUGCACCUGACCUCUCUAAAGAAGAAAUGAAAGAUAUUGCUGCUGUAAUAAUGAGAGCAAAAACAAGAGUGGAUGGUCUAGUUGUGUCAAAUACUACACUGAGCAGAGAAAAUCUUCUUAGUGAGGCAAAAGAUGAAAAUGGUGGUUUGAGUGGAGCACCAAUUGCCUCUUUAUCAACUCGCUGCAUCGCAAACAUGUAUCAACUCACAAAUGGUCGCAUUCCUAUAAUUGGUGUUGGUGGUAUUUUCAGUGGAGCUGAUGCUUAUGGAAAACUUAAAGCUGGAGCUUCAUUGAUUCAAAUUUAUACUGCAUUCACCUACCACGGACCACCAAUUGUUGGUAGAAUCAAACGUGAACUUUCUCAAUUAUUACACGAUGAUGGAAUUAAUAACAUUUCUGAAGUUGUUGGAAAAGAAGCAAAAACCAUUGUAUAAAAAAUAAUGUAUAAAUUGUCGCCUUGUAAAAAGAUUUGAUUUUUAUCAACUGUUAA